AUGGUAGCAGUCUUUCUCAAGAAGUGGUAUCCUCCUAAAGUUUUCAAGUCAUGGUUUUCAGAUCACAUAUUAACGGAGAAGUUCUACCGAGGGCUGGAUCCCGUGACGCAAUCAAUUGCAAACAAAGCAGCUGAUGGUUGUUUUAUGGAUAAAUCUUACACUCGAGUGACUAACAUACUUAACAAGCUGACUACUCACAAUCAGGCUUGGCACUCGAACAAUACUGAUGUUGUACCCUAUGGUAGUGUCAUGAUCCAAAAUAUGGUGAAGGAGAAUCAAGAUACUCAGCAACCAUUGGCUCAGAUUGCUACAAAUAUUUCUUUGCAGACCAAGAAGUUUGAUGAGACCCAGAUCAAGAAGGUGAAUAUUUGCGAAGAUGAGUUAGGUGCUGAAAAGAAGGUUGUUGAUCUCGAGCAGAUUGAUGAAGAGGAAGAGGUGCAGUCUAGAGUAUCCAUUAUUGUUGAAGAGAAUCCUAAUGAUGAGAAAGUUGCUGAUAUUCCAGAAAUUUUGAAGGAGGCUGAUGAUAAGAGCAAGCAAACUAGGUUGGUAAAGAAGAAGGAAGGUGCUAAGUUCAAAAAAUUGUAUGAUCAGCUGAAGCAAUUGUCUCUGAAUUUUUCUUUCUUGGAAGCUGUCAAAGAGAUGCCCGAUUUUGCUAAGUGCUUGAAAGGCCUGUUGACCAAGAAGAAGACAGUGCAGCAUGAAACCAAAAAUAGAGAUCCUGGGGUGCUCACCAUUCCUUGUUCGGUUGGGUACCAUGAUUUUGCUCGUGCUCUGUGUGAUAAUGGGGUGAGUAUAAAUUUGAUGCCACUUGCUAUCUACAAGCAAUCAGGUUUGGGGAUGCCAAGGACGACUGCUAUGAGGUUACAAAUGGCUGAUAGAUCUAUUAAGAAGCCUGUUGGCGUGGUUGAUGAUGUCCUUGUGCAGGUUGGUGAAUUUAUGUUACCCGCUGAUUUGGUGAUUCUUGACUAUGCUGUUGAUCGAGACAUUCCCGUUAUUCUGGGGAGAUCUUUCCUUUCUACGGGAAGAGCUCUGAUGGAUUCGAAAAAAAAAUAA